UCUUUAAGUCUUAAGUGUUCGAUUCUUUUCAGAGGUGUUUGAUUUUAUUUGGGCAGCAUGUCAACUGAACUACAAACUACAAAAACAGCUUCUGGGUCUAAUAUGGAAACGGAGGAUACGGGAGAAUCAGUUGAAAUAUCUCCUCCCAAAAUGGCACCUCUGACCACUAACGAACUAGCAUCGGAAUCCGACGGUGUCAAGGUAGAGAAGAGGAUGUUAAGAGUUCCGAAGAUUCGGUACCCUCCUCUGAAGAAGAACUGGAUGAAGAUAUGCACACCUAUUGUAGAGCACCUGUUGUUGCAGGUCAGGUUCAACACCAAGACCAACUGUGUAGAGAUCAGGUCCUGCAACGAGACCAAAGACAUCAAUGCUAUUCAGAAGGCAGAAGACUUUGUCCAGGCUUAUCUCUAUGGCUUUGAACUGGAAGAUUCUCUCGCUCUUAUUCGUCUGGACGAUCUGUUUGUAGACACAUUCGAAGUGAAAGACGUGAAGGUUCUAAGUGGAAACCAUCUAUCACGUGCAAUCGGAAGAGUUGCCGGGAAGAAUGGAAAGAUCAAAUACACGAUAGAGAAUGUCACUCGCACCAGAAUUGUAGUCGCGGGUUCUAAGAUUCACAUUUUGGGCAGUUACCAGAACAUCAGAACUGCUAGACGCGCAAUCUGUAAUCUCAUUUUGGGCAAACCGCCAUCGAAAGUCUACGGAAAUAUGAGAGCCGUAGCGAACAGAUUGGCUGAAAAGCUUUGAUUGUUUAUGCUUUGCGAAUAGUUACUUUGAAAAAAAAUGUGCCCAACUUU